AUGUCGCAACCUCUUGUUGUCGGUAUCCCCAGAGGUGCCCAAACCAACACCUUGAUUGGAAACAACGCGCCCGUCGGGGAGCAAGAAUCAUGCGGUCUAGCAUCACCAGGACUCAAUCUUGUAUUUUACGACGCUACUUGGCAGCACGCCACUAUUUGCAACCUGCAGGCCGUCGGCCACGCCGCCGGAAACCGACUAACCGCAUCAAGCGACACGCCACGAGAGCUGAAGGACAUGAAAACGGCUGCUUCUGGCCCGACGGGGUCCAGGCGUCCCGAAGACUCGGUCGGCCGCUGGGAGUUCUGGGUCCUGGGCUCCUGGAGGUCCACUUGGGGCGAGCGAUCUGGAGAAUACGAAAGCCGCACUACGUCAUGCUAA